AUGAAGGCACUCAUUCUUGUUGGAGGUUUUGGAACACGUUUGCGGCCAUUGACACUCAGUGUCCCUAAGCCGCUUGUUGAAUUUGCAAACAAACCCAUGAUCCUGCAUCAGAUAGAGGCUCUUAAGGCAAUUGGUGUUAGCGAAGUGGUUCUGGCGAUCAAUUACCAACCAGAGGUGAUGAUGACUUUCCUGAAGGAGUUUGAGACAAAGGUUGGCAUCAAGAUCACAUGCUCACAAGAGACUGAGCCCCUUGGCACUGCUGGACCUCUGGCUCUUGCUAGAGACAAACUGAUAGAUGAUUCUGGCGAGCCCUUCUUUGUCCUUAACAGUGAUGUUAUCAGUGAAUACCCAUUUAAGAAAAUGAUCGAAUUCCAUAAAUCCCAUGGGGGAGAAGCUUCCAUAAUGGUGACCAAGGUGGAUGAGCCAUCGAAAUAUGGAGUGGUGGUUAUGGAAGAAUCUACAGGGAAAGUUCAGAAAUUUGUAGAGAAACCAAAACUGUUUGUUGGUAACAAAAUCAAUGCUGGAAUAUACCUGUUGAACCCCUCAGUUCUUGAUCGAAUUGAGCUGAGACCAACUUCAAUUGAGAAAGAGGUAUUCCCAAAUAUUGCAGCAGAGAAUAAGCUCUUCGCAAUGGUCCUUCCAGGGUUUUGGAUGGACAUUGGGCAACCAAGGGAUUAUAUUACAGGCCUGAGACUCUACUUGGACUCAUUGAGGAAGAACUCUUCAUCUAAGUUGGCCAGAGGUUCCAAUGUUGUGGGAAAUGUUCUGGUGGAUGAGACUGCCAAAAUUGGAGAGGGGUGCCUGAUUGGACCAGAUGUUGCAAUUGGUCCGGGUUGUGUUGUUGAGUCAGGAGUUAGGCUAUCUCGCUGUACAGUAAUGCGUGGAGUCCGGAUCAAGAAGCAUGCUUGCAUUUCCGGCAGUAUCAUCGGAUGGCACUCCACAGUUGGACAAUGGGCUCGUGUAGAGAACAUGACUAUCCUCGGAGAAGAUGUUCAUGUAAGCGAUGAAAUUUACAGUAAUGGAGGUGUGGUUUUGCCCCACAAAGAAAUCAAGUCGAGCAUUUUGAAGCCAGAAAUUGUAAUGUAG